GAAUGUUCUUAAAAAUAUUUCAUCGGCGUCAUUAUUUCAUUUCUGUUUUUAGUUUUUUAAUUACAAACUUAAUUAAUAAAACUUAUUAAUUUUUUAUAUUAAUUUAUUUAAAUUGAAAAUAUUUUUUUUAUUAAAUUUUUAUAAAUUGUGUACAAUGAAGCAAAAAAAAAAUUCUAAUCCAUGUAACCUACAUAUUAAACAUCAAUAAUAAUUAAAAUCAAAUAAACAUAGAAGAUUAUUAAAAAAAAAAUUCCAUUCAAAAAAUAUUUCAUAAAAUAAGUCAAAAAAAAAAUGUGGAACGGGAAAUAUAUAAUUAAAAAAUCACCAAUCAUUUAUAAAAAGUCAUCGACAACAGCGCCAACAGAAACACAAACAACAACAUUACAAACAUCAAUUAGAUGUCAACAAUCAUCAACAGAAUUUGUUAAUAUUUUAAAUAAUCAUCAUCAUAAUCAUACCCAGGAACAUCAUCAUUGUGAUCAAUAUCAAAAACAACAGCAACAACAACAGCAACAAUUACAAAAUAAAAAUUCUCAUAUUCAUUAUAAUAAUCAUAAUCAUCAACAUCAGCAUCAACAUCAAUCAGAUAAAAUGUCAGUUAGAUCGAUUAGUUCAGAGGAUGUAUCGACAGCAAUUGAAUAUGGAAAUUGUUGUAGCGCUGAAGCUAGAAAUCCAGCAAUUAAAACAGGACGAAGAAUACAAUUGUUUCAGAUGAUAAUAUUACCAUUUAUACCAAUUUUGGCUUUAAUUGUACAAACAUCAUUAAUGUUACAUGAUAUUUUGAAUUAUCGUGUUGAAGUAUCGGAUAUUGAAAUUCAAGUAACAACAGCGACUGAUUUAGGAAAAAUUGUUACACGUUUACAAUUGGAAAGAUCAGAUGUUGCUAUAUUUAUUUUUACAAAUGGAAAUACAUCAAGAGUUAAUUUAACAGAACGUUUUAUGAUAACCGAUGAAGCAUUAGAUAAUAUCGAUAUAUGGGGUGGUGAAGUUAGUGUACCAACAUCACUUGAAGAUGAUAAUACUAUGGAAGUUAUGUUAAAUAGAAGUGAAUUUCAAAAUAAAUUAAAUAAUUUUAGGGAAAAAAUAAGCAGUGAAGAGAGCAGUAUUACAGAAGUUAUGGAAUGGUAUACGGCUAUUAAUAGAGCACUCUUAACACAUAUGACUAAACAAAUUAAAGAAACUGAUAAUAGUGGUGUUUGGAGAUAUUUAGUUGGAUUUAAAAAUCUUUUAAAAAGUAUUGAAUGUCAAGCAAUUGCAUCAUCAUAUGGAAUUAAAUAUUAUGGACGUGGAAAACUUGGUACCGAAGCAUAUGUUUCUUUUAUACGAUAUGAUUUUUUAGCUAAAGAAUUAUUAAAUUCAACAAUGAAUUAUGUACCAUCAUUAAAAAAUAUGUAUAAAAAUUUAACAAUAGAUGUAGAUAGUUUUAGAAUGGUAAAAAAUUGGAGUGCAAUUAUAUUAAAAAAUUCAAAAAUUGAACCAGUUUUAAAUGAUGCAAUAAAUUAUUAUUAUUUAAUGCAAAAUUAUAUGGAAGAAUUAAGGAAAUUACAAAAAGUUUUAAGGGAAAAGAUCAGAGUUUAUGUUGAUGAAACCCUCACUGACGCCAGUAAUAAAGAAGCUGUCGGAAUUGCAAUUUUGAUUGUAGUACUCUGUGUAUCACCUAUAAUUAUAGUUUUAGUUAAAAAUGCAGCUGCAACGAUACAGAUGUACGCAAUGAAUUUGGCGCAAAAAGCAAAAGAAUUAAAACGUGAAAAACGUAAAAGUGAUUCACUUUUAUUUCAAAUGUUACCACCAAGUGUUGCAACUCAAUUAAAACAAACUCAACAGGUACCAGCAGAAUGUUAUGAAGCUGCAACAAUUUAUUUUAGUGAUAUUGUUGGUUUUACAGAAAUUGCUGCAGAAUGUACGCCAUUAGAGGUGGUCACAUUUCUAAAUUCAAUUUAUAAGGUUUUUGAUGAAAGAAUUGAAUGCUAUGAUGUUUAUAAAGUUGAAACUAUUGGUGAUUCUUAUAUGGUUGCUUCAGGUUUACCAGUUAAAAAUGGUAACAAACAUGUAACCGAAAUAGCAACAAUGGCAUUAGAUUUACUUGAUGCAUCAAGUUUAUUUAAAAUACCUCGACGAAAUAGUGAAACAUUACAAAUACGUUGUGGUGCACAUACUGGUCCAGUUGUUGCCGGUAUUGUUGGUACUAAAAUGCCAAGAUAUUGUUUAUUUGGUGAUACCGUAAAUACUGCAUCACGUAUGGAAUCGACUGGUGAAUCACAGAAAAUUCAUAUAACAGAAGAAAUGAAUGAAGCUUUAAUGAGAGUUGGGGGCUAUAAAACAGAACAUAGAGGUUUAAUUGAUGUUAAAGGGAAAGGUUUAAUGAGUACAUAUUGGUUAACAUGUAAAGAUGGUCCAGUAACUGUAAGAGAAGAAAUUUCAUGGUAUGCAGACAUACAACCGGUUUUUUUACAAAAUAUUAAAACAUUUAUAACCGCAGUUGUUUGCGAAUUGCCUUUCGAUGAGAUAAAGGACAUUGACAAUUUCACUUAUGCAGAAAUUAGUGAAGUAGUAGCCGUCGAAGAAUCUAAAGAAAACUCAUUUAAUUGGAAAUGCCAUGUAAUUUGUACAUUACGAUGCCGUCAAAGAGGUUAUAAGGCUGGUGCCUGUGUUGGAAGAUAUUGCGUUUGUGUUAAAUAA